AAGUAAACAAAAAGGUGGAAUCUUUUUCAAAUUCAUCUCUCUCUUUAGCCUCCCUUCUUCGCUUUCAUCAAUUCGAGGAAGUGAGAACACAACAAUGGCGAAGAACGAGAACGGCUACGAGAACUUGUUAGCUUCACUGAUCGUGGACAUCAAGUCAUACUCUGGGAAAGACCAUCUUCUUCCCUGGAUCCGAGGUAUUAAGAAGAUGAAAGAGAGCUUGCCGCCUCAGAUACUGAACGAGAAGCUGCCUCGGUUUCUCCAGAAAUGUGCUCAGUCGUUUGAGUCUGAUAAGAGAUAUAGGAACGAUUCUCGGUAUAUUCGUGUUUGGUUGCAGCUGAUGGACUUUGUAGAUGAUCCAAAAGCUUUGUUAAGGACUAUGGAAGCAAACAGUAUAGGGACCAAGAGGUCUUUGUUCUACCAGGCAUAUGCUCUCCACUAUGAAAAGUUGAAGAGGUUCGAGGAUGCUGAGAAAAUGUACCGUCUUGGUGUCCAAAACCUUGCGGAACCCAUGGAUGAGUUACAGAAGUCUUACUUGCAAUUCCUUAGUCGCAUGGAGAGGCACAAAAGGAAAAAGACACAGCGUCAAGAGCUAAAAGUGUCUGAAAAGCACCAGAAGGCUGAGAGGUCACAAAAGGAGCCUAGACUGGCCAGCAAGGAUGAUACACCAGUGUUGAAUUUCGUUGAUAAGGCCAUUGUAGGAAAGCCUGAAGCAGAAAACGCUUGCCAUCACGGUUUGGUGGAUCCCACGAUAAACAUGAAAGAAGCCAUGAACGCAAUCAACAGCAUGUUCAAAGAGCCUAUUGAAACUGCUCCCCUUCAGAGAAAAUCACAACAGAGAAGUCAAGACAAAGAGAAUCAAGGCGGAUUUGAAGUUUUCGUGGAUAAGAAUCAAGGCUCCUUUGAGAUAUUCGUUGAUGAUGAAAACGAUGAUGAGACUACGGAUGAAAACGAUGAGUCCGGAAAAGGUUUUGUCUUUCUCCAACCGAGAGACCAUUCACCUGAAAGCUCUGAAGAAGCAGACAGAAACAACAGUCCUCCUCGAGCUAGGUUCAGAGAGGACACAGUUGUUCGUAGGUUUGUGGGUUCAACCAUCUCCGAAGAGCCAGCAGUUGAAAAUGUCUGCCACCAUGGCCUUGUGGACCCUACGGUCAACCUCAAGGAAGCUAUGGAGGACAUAAACAAUAUGUUUGGCGAACCGAUAGAUUUUGUUAGACCCAACCGCUCUAAAAACAAGGGAAAAGCAGUAGUACAAGAGAAGAAACCAGAUGCUGCUGCAGGUUUCUCAAUACUUGAGGAUGAUGAUGAUGAAGCUGAGGAGGAACAUCAAGAGACUAAUGGGGUGACUCAGAUAUCGCCUAGAAAAGAAAACGAGCGUGAUCUGUUUGAGCCAACAGUGUGCACAAAAGUAGCCUUGGAUGAGAUCAACAAAUUGUUUGCAAUGCCAAUGGACUUCUAAGGAACAAAGUACUCUAUGUUUACUCUCAUAGAGGCAAAGUCUGUGGUUUGCGUUCUUGCUUUAAUAUACUUCUCUGUUGUGUAAUGGUGAGAACCAUUUGUUGUUGUUGUUUUACCUAUGUUUGUCUUAAAUUGAAGAAAUGUUUUAUUUUUUCUAAAAAAAAAAUAUUGUUAGUGCAUGA